AUGACUAGUCAAGAUGGCAUCUCGUCAUCCUUUGUGGAGACCCUAGCAGGUUUCACAGCAGGAAUCAUGUCGACUUUGUCGCUACAUCCUCUUGACAUGAUCAAGACCAGACUACAGGGCAGGUUGCAUUCUCCUUUUGUCGAUCAAUCAUCUUCCCGAGUUGGGGGUUCUCUUCGAGUUAUCCAUAAGAUCUUUUAUCACGAGGGUGGCUGUGCCGCUUUUUACCGCGGGCUUACCCCGAAUCUCAUCGGCAAUUCCACAAGCUGGGGUUUAUACUUCUUAUGCUAUAGCAGUUUGAAGGAUGUCAUUCGAGUCUAUCGCGAGAAGAGGGAGCAGGUUCUCAUAUCGUCUGAUUAUCUUCUAGCAUCUGGAACUGCAGGUGCCUUUACGUCGAUUCUCACGAAUCCAAUUUGGGUGAUCAAAACUCGCAUGUUGUCCACGGGAUCCCAAGCUCCGGGGGCGUAUUCAACAUUCACAGCUGGAGCAAAACAGAUAUACCACGCAGAAGGGAUACCUGGCUUUUAUCGAGGUCUCAUACCGGCUCUGUUCGGUGUCAGCCAUGGUGCCCUUCAAUUCAUGGCGUAUGAAAAGCUGAAGCUUUUCAGAUCCCAAGCGAUAAAUACUGAAGGCUCUCUUGUCAAAGAGCAUUUAGGUGCCGAACGGGUCCUGGGUAAUCUGGAUUUUUUUGCCAUUUCUAGUCUCUCUAAAGUCUUCGCUGGCAGUGUGACGUAUCCUUACCAGGUAAUUAGGUCUCGGUUACAAACCUAUGAGGCUCAUAUCAUUUACCGCGGAGCCAAUGACGUCGUCUCGCGGAUAUGGGCCCAGGAGGGCAUCGCGGGUUUCUACAAGGGUCUUGGUCCAAAUCUCUUCCGGGUACUUCCAAGCACAUGGGUUACGUUCCUGGUAUACGAGAACUCCAAGGUCUAUCUGUCCCGGCUAGCGCAAAAUUCAUGA